AUGACACAAACUACGAUAAUAUCAAAUAUACGAAAUACCCUAAGUAUGAAAAAUCUAAUAUCAACACUCAAGAAAUAUUCAAGAUUCAUAGGACCAGGAUUAAUGGUUAGUGUAGCCUAUAUGGAUCCUGGGAAUUAUUCCACUGCAGUAGCUGCUGGUUCAGCAUAUAAAUAUAAAUUAUUAUUUCUGAUAUUUUUAUCAAAUUGUUUAGCUAUAUUUUUACAAAUAUUAGCCGCUAAAUUAGGAGCAAUUACUGGAUUAGAUUUAGCUAGUAAUUGUAAAGAACAUUUUUCAUUUAAUGUGAAUAUCAUAUUGUAUAUCUUGACUGAAAUUGCCAUUAUUGCUACUGAUUUAGCAGAAGUUGUCGGGACUGCUAUUGCUUUGAAUAUUUUAUUUAAUAUUCCGUUAUUAGUGGGGGUUAUGAUUACCGUGAUUGAUGUAUUGGUGGUUUUGAUGGCAUAUAGACCAAAGGGACCUUUGUUAUUUAUAAGAAUAUUUGAAUCAUUUGUAUCAUUAUUAGUGGCAGCUACUGUUGUAUGUUUUGCAAUUGAAUUAUAUCAAGUUGGUAAUGAUUCAAAUAUAAAUUUCUCCUUGGGUGAAGUAUUUGCCGGGUUUUUACCCAGUCCUGAAGUUGUUGAUAUGAGUGAUCGAAAGGGUGGAAAUGGAUUGUUUUUAAGUUUGGCAAUCUUGGGGGCUACUGUUAUGCCUCAUUCUUUAUAUCUUGGUUCUGGUUUAGUACAAGCUAGAUUAAAAGAUUUCGAUAUCAAAAAUGGUCACUACUACAACAAGACAAAACAACCAAAACAACAACAACCGGUCGAAGAAGAAGAUAUCACAACAACCGCAUCCUCCUCAUCUAUGGAAUUCAACAAUAUCACACCCAUAGCAACACCCGUCAAUGAAUCCAAUUUCCCAUUCAUCGCCAAUCCAUUACAAGACCAAUAUGAAAAAGACGACGACGCGACUCUUGAUCCAGAAGAUGAAGAUGACAAUUAUAGACCCUCAAUCCAUGCAAUUGAUGAUACCAUGACUUAUACAAUGGUAGAAUUGGUGAUUUCUUUAUUCACAGUGGCAUUAUUUGUAAAUUCCGCCAUCUUGAUUGUGGCAGGUGCAACCCUAAACAACAGCAAUCAUACCAAACGAGAUAACGAUCAUGAAUCGGAUUCAGAUUCAGAUAAUGAAAACAGUAGUGGUGGAGAUAAUUAUGAAAAUGCAGAUUUAUUCACGAUUUACAACCUACUCACAAAACACCUCUCCCCAACGGCUGGUUUUGUAUUUGCAUUAGCAUUAUUAUGUUCGGGACAAAGUGCCGGUGUGGUGUGUACGUUAGCAGGACAGAUGGUGAGUGAAGGAUUCUUGAAUUGGACUUUCAAUCCGGUGGUUAGAAGAUUGAUAACAAGAGCAUUGGCGAUUAUGCCAUGUGUGUUUGUGGUUUCGAUUGCUGGUAGAGAAGGGUUAGGCCAGAUUUUGAAUGGAAGUCAGGUGGUUUUGAGUUUAUUGUUGCCAUUUGUGACUGCUCCGUUGAUUUAUUUUACUUGUAAUAAGAAGAUUAUGCGGGUGCCUAUAUAUAUCCGAGACGGCGAUGAAGAAAUUGAUCAACAAUCGCAGGAUGUUGAUCAUCAACAACAAGAACACAUUCCUGUCAAUCCAUUCGAUGAUGACGAAAUAACUUUAUCUAUGAAGAUUGCCAACAAGCCCACUGCAAAACCAUUCCAAAGUUCCCAAAGCGCAAUCAAACUCCAAGACCUCCGAAAUUCCCACCCUUGUGCCGGCUGGGACGACGACGAAGAGUCGUCAUCAGAACAACAGCAACCGGAAGAACAACCAUUAAUAAUCACAUCCCCCAAUAAUAUCCCCAUCCCACCAGCCUCAAUUCAAUAUUCUCAACCCAUCAUGACCAGGAUCCAAUCCCGAGUUGAGAAUGAUAGUGAUGGCUUCCCAUUGGAAGAAUAUCAAGGAGAAGAAGGUGGGGAUAUUUAUAGAAUCAAAGGAUAUAAAGAUUUUAGUAAUGGGGUUUGGACCUCGGUGUUUGCGAUUUUGAUAUGGGGGUUUAUUACUUGUUUGAAUUUAUAUUUGAUUGGAAGUAUGGCAUUAGGGUAUGAUGUUCCUUUAUAG